AUGGUUCUCAAAGAUGUGAGGCAUGUUCCCGACAUGCGACUCAAUCUCAUAUCAACUGGAAAGCUUGAUGAUGCUGGUUUGGAAAAUCACUUUGGUGGAGGCAAGUGGAAACUAACCAGAGGAAACUUGAUUAUGGCUCGAGGAAAGAAAGAGGGAUCGUUGUAUGUGACCCAAGCUAAGCUUUGUAAGGAGGAAGUAAAUGUCGCAAGUGCUAACAUGGAGAUAUGGCACCGGAGAUUGGGACAUAUGAGCGAGAAAGGUCUAAAUAUUCUCGCUCGAAAGAAUUUACUCCCCAAUAUGAAAGGUAUGUCCCUCGAACCAUGUUCUGAUUGCUUAGCUGGAAAACAACAUCGAGUCGCUUUCCAGAGAUCUUCUACACCUACGAGAAGGAAUCACAUUCUCGAUCUUGUGCAUACCGAUGUAUGUUCCAUGUCUGAAAAAUCCAUUGGUGGUGCAUCAUAUUUCGUCACCUUCAUCGAUGACCACUCAAGAAAAGUAUGGGUAUGUUUAUUAAAAUCGAAAGAUCAAGUUCUUGAUGCUUUCAAAGAAUUUGUAGCCCAAGUAGAACGAGGUACGGGUAAAAAACUCAAGUGCGUUCGAUCUGAUAAUGGUGGAGAGUACCGGGGUCCCUUCGAGACAUUCUGCAAAAGUCAUGGAAUCAGGAUGGAGAAGACACCACCCAAGACACCACAACUGAAUGAGGAAGUUUGGUCAGGAAGGAAGGUUAACUACAACCAUUUGAAGGUAUUCGGGUGUAGAGCAUUUGUCCAUAUUCCUAAGGAUGAACGAGCUAAGUUAGACUCCAAAACCAAGGAAUGCAUCUAUCUUGGCUCACCAAGAGAUGAGUUUGGCUACCAACUUUGGGAUCCGAAAAAUAGAAAGAUCAUCAGAAGCAGAGAUGUUGUAUUUUUCGAGGACCAGACAAUCGAAGACAUCCAAAGGUCGGAGAAGCCAAAGCUAAAGGUUAGCAAAAAUGUAGAACAUCAUCAAUCACGUGAUAAUCCAGAGGAAGCGGUUGAAGAUGGUGAAAAGGACCCUGAAGAAGACACCACUACUUCAGAUCAAAAUGGUGAUGAGAACGAAGAACAAGAGCCAGGAGAAGAGAUUGAAUUAAGACGGUCACCAGGAGGUAGGAUAUCGUCUACACGAUAUCCGUUGGAUGAAUACGUGACUCUUACAGAUCAGGAGGAGCCUGAAAGCUAUAUGGAGGCCAUAGUCGACACCCACACAGAUAAAUGGGUAGAAGCCAUGCAAGAUGAAAUGGAAUCCUUGCAUGAGAAUCACACAUACGAGUUGGUGGAGUUACCAAAAGGAAAAAGAGCUUUGAAGAAUAAAUGGGUGUAUCGGAUAAAGUCUGAAGAUAACAGCUUAAAACCGAGGUACAAAGCUCGAUUGGUUGUAAAAGGAUUCAGCCAGAAUAAAGGCAUAGACUUUGAAGAAAUAUUCUCUCCAGUGGUAAAGAUGUCCUCCAUCCGAGUUGUUCUUGGUCUAGCUGCUACUCUAGACUUGGAAAUUGAACAACUCGAUGUCAAGACGGCAUUUCUUCAUGGUGACCUCGAAGAGGAGAUCUACAUGGAGCAACCUGAAGGAUUUAAGGUCUCAAGCAAAGAAAACAUGGUAUGCCGACUAAAGAAGAGCCUUUACGGUCUUAAACAAGCCCCAAGGCAGUGGUAUAAGAAGUUUGAUUCCUUUAUGGCGGAUCAUAACUUCAAGAAAACCACGAAUGAUCAUUGUGUCUUCAUAAAAAGACAGAUUCUUGGGAUGAAAAUCACUCGUGAUAGGUCAAAGAAGCGACUUUGGCUAUCCCAAGAACGAUAUGUUGAAAAGGUGCUGGAGAGAUUCAACAUGCACAAGGCAAAGCCGGUAAACACUCCGCUUGCUGGACAUUUCAAGCUAAGUUCGGAACAAUGUCCAACAAAUGAGAAAGAAAAAGAAGAAAUGAUGAAUACUCCAUAUGCAUCAGCAGUAGGCAGUCUCAUGUACGCCAUGGUAUGUACACGGCCAGACAUCGCCUAUGCAGUUGGAGUUGUGAGCCGCUUCCUAGCAAAUCCAGGGAAGGAGCAUUGGAAGGCAGUAAAAUGGAUCCUCCGUUAUCUACGAGGCACAACAAAAAGGUGUCUUUGUUUUGGUAAUGGGAAGCUUGAGUUACAAGGCUAUAACGAUGCAGAUUGGGCGGGCAACAAGGAUUCCAGGAAGUCAACAUCAGGGUAUGUAACUACCUUUGCAGGGGGAGCUGUUUCCUGGCAAUCAAAGAUACAAAAGUGUGUUGCUUUGUCAACUACUGAAGCAGAGUAUAUCGCAGCCACUGAAGCUUGCAAGGAGAUGUUAUGGAUGAAGAACUUUCUCCAUGCAUUGGGAGUAAAGCAAGGUAAGUAUGUUCUGCUUUGUGAUAACCAGAGUGCUAUUCACUUAGCAAAGAACUCAACCUUGCAUUCCCGCUCGAACCACAUCGAUAUUAGACAUCAUUGGAUCCGAGAAGUUCUAGAAGAGAAACUCAUACAUCUCGACAAAGUACACACUGACGAAAAUUGGUCAGAUAUCAUGACCAAAGUGUUGCCAAUCAAAAAGUUUGAAGAUUGUUGUCAAGGCAUCGGCAUCGUGACAAUUUCGGGCUAA